CACGCAGGCCUCUUUUUGUUUCAGCCCUCUGAUCGUGCUUGGAGCCCACCGUUCCCACACCCCUUCUUCCAGCCCCCCAUCCAGCCCAUCAUGACCCUUAUCGAUGCAGCCAAGACACUCGCCGUCGGCGUCGGCUUCGGGUUCGUCCUGGAGAAAUGCAAGGUCUACCUGCCCACCGUCAUCACCAACCAGCUGCUCAUGAGCGACUUCACGAUGAUGCAGAUGUUCCUGACUGCGACUGCCGGUGGAAUCAUCGUUAUGAGUGCCCUCGAGCACGCCGGUCUCUUCAAGAGACCCCCCAAAACUUCCCUGACGGUCGGCCUCGGCACCCUGAACGGGUUCGGAGGCAACGUCCUCGGCGGAGCGAUCAUGGGCACCGGCAUGGCUCUGAGCGGUGCCUGUCCUGGUACCGUCAUCGUGCAGCUCGGCGCCGGUCUGCAGUCCGCCCGGUAUGUCGCGGCGGGCGGCCUCGUCGCGGCGGUACUCUUUGGAUAUACCCACCGGUUCAUCCAGAAUUUCCUGCCCAAGUUUGGCUCCAAGACCCAGGUGGCCACUGUCGAUCAGCGCCUUAAGGUGCCCUACGGCCUGUUCGGCAUUGGAGCGGCCUCGGCCCUGCUCGCUGCCGUCUAUGUCCUCGGCCAGGUCACCGACUCCCGCAGCGCCGUCCUGGCUAUCUUCAAGGACGCUCCCGCACGCUUCUCCAGCCUGCUCACCCUCCGAGGAUUCGACCACCCCACGCUGCAGUCCUUUGCCUGGACCCCUGUCGUCGGCGGUCUCGCCCUGACCGCUGUCCAGGCCGGCUCCAUCCUCCUCCGAGAUGCUCCGCUGGGUGCCUCCACGGCCUAUGCCGAGAUCGGCGCGCAGAUUGUAUCGCGAGUCGAUGCCAACUGGAAGAAGAACGCCCCGCUGUACCAGUCCCACAUCGAAUUGGACUCGACCUACCUUGCUGUCGGUGUCUUGACCGGCUCGGCCCUGUCGCUCUGGCUCGCCGGAGCCUCGGAGCUGCCUCCCCUCCUUCCCGCGGCCGUGAGCCCCAUUCAGGCCAUCGUGGGCGGCUUCCUCUUGGUUACCGGUGCUCGCCUCGCCAACGGAUGUACCUCGGGCCACGGCAUCAGCGGCAUGGCUCAGUUCAGUGUCCCAUCGUUUGCUACCAUCGCUUCCAUGUUCGCCGGCGGAAUCGCCACUGCUUUCCUGGUCUAUUAACUGUGACAAGCACGCCCCAAGUGUCCUUUGCCCGCCACACGUUCAGCGUCUGCUUUCCAGGGCCGACAGCUCUUCUACCUCUGCCUCUGGAUUGACUACCUGACUACCAGCAGCCGGACAGUGCGAUUCAUCGACGGUGCUGAACUCUGCCUCGAUUCCCUGCCAUCCCUGUUCCUGCUGUGGCCCGAGCCUCAUCGCCGUGCCCGGCCGAUCUCCAAACAGCCAUUUACUCUCAUCCGUCUUUGCCUUUUAUGCCCUCCGUUCGCUCGACUUGUUUCUGCGCUCCAUUUGAACUGGAGUGCUGUUUUCAGAGCAGCGCAUUUUUCCCGGGUAUUCUCAGCUUUAAUCUGACUACUCAGGGUCAUAUGUAUAUAAAGUACAAC